CUUAGCGGUGGUUACGUAUAGAACCGGUAAGCUGUGAUUAUUUGGAAGUUUUUCAAUACGAGGAACUGCCCAGUUGGUGUUUGACAGCUUUUAAAAGCUUUCGAGCAAGGGAUUAUUGGUGGACGUGUACGAAGGCAAAAGCCAACGAAAGUUUUUUCGUAUCUGAUGAGCUCCUCCGUCGCCCCGCUGGUGGUAAGAUGGCUGUGCAGUUGGAUGGAGGAGGGAAGGAGGACUUGAAAACACAGUUUGUCACGCGGGAAGGAACUUACAAGCUAAUGACUUUGUCCGAGUAUUCAAGGCCAAAUAGGGUCGGUUACACGAACAGUCAAGGAAGCGCAUCCGUUAGGGUGUCUUUCGUAACUUUGCCGGACUCAGCGGAUCCUACGGGUACGCAAGGUCUAGGUGACCGAAUGUGUUUCAAUUUUGGCAAGGAGCUCUAUGUUUAUGUGUAUCGAGGGGUUAAAAAGGCUGUGGACUUAAAUAAACCAGUGGACAAAAAGUUAUACAAAGGAACUAAUCCAACUUGCCAUAAUUUUAAUCAAACAACAGCAACUGCAGACAGUGCACCAUUAUUAGUGGGUUUCUCUACAGGACAGAUUCAACUAAUAGAUCCAAUAAAAAAGGAACUCAGUAAAUUAUAUAAUGAAGAUAGAUUGAUAGAUAAAAGCAAAGUGACAUGUAUAAAAUGGGUUCCUGGAUCAAACAAUCUGUUUCUGGUGUCACACAGUUCUGGGCAACUAUAUUUAUAUAAUGAAGAACUUCUGUGUGGUACAACAGCCCCUCAUUAUCAGACUUUUAAAUCAGGAGAUGGUUAUGCCAUAUACACUUGUAAAACAAAAUCCACAAGAAACCCUUUGUAUAGAUGGGUAAUAGGUGCAGAAGGAUGCUGUAUAAAUGAAUUUGCCUUUAGCCCGUGUGGCUCAAAUUUAGCAGUUGUUUCCCAAGAUGGGUUCCUACGAGUAUUUCAGUACAAUACAAUGGAGUUAGUGGGUUCAGCAAGAAGUUAUUUCGGUGGAUUUUUGUGUGUAUGUUGGUCACCAGAUGGAAGAUACGUUGUUGUUGGUGGUGAAGAUGAUCUUGUGACAAUUUGGAGCUUUCAUGAGAAAAGAGUGGUAGCUCGAGGUCAGGGUCAUCACAGCUGGGUAAGCGUUGUAGCCUUUGAUCCUUACACUACAUCUUAUGGAGAUCAUGAUCCUGACUUCAGUGGUUCAGAUGAUGAAACAUUGCCACACAAUAAUCAUAAUCACUUCCAUGAGAAAUCCAAUCGUCUGUCUACAACUUCACAAGGAGUUCAUUCAAACAGGAACUCUUGUAGUUCAGAGUUAAGAGUGUCAGGUGGUGCAUGCUACAGGUUAGGUAGUGUGUCACAAGAUACUCAAUUGUGUUUGUGGGAUAUCACAGAAGAUGUGUUAAGACAACCAAUGUGUGCAAAGCAAAGGCCGUCUGCAGCAGGUUCUAGUACUCUUUCUACAUCUGGAACAGUCAACAGUGGGAAUGGUUCAACGACGAAUCAUCACUUGAACAAUUCUAAACAUAAUAAUUUGAAUAAUGUUAAUUGCAAAGGAAACGCGAGUGGUAAUAAUGAAAGUAGUAACAAUAGCACGAGUACAAAUACAGCAGUGUCAACUGUAAAUUCAUUGACACAAAGGUUAGCAGGCCUUGGUUUUGGUGAGCGUAAAGGUGAUAAUCAUAAAAGGAACUUUAGCCUCACUAUGAGAGGUAGUGGUGCGUCUAAUAGCACAAUAAUGCAGAACAGUGGUGGCGAUAAAGCUACCACUAAUUCAAAUACAAGUAGUAAUAUGAACAGUGUCAGUGGAAGUUUAGUAGGUGCAAAUAAAAAGGUUAGUUCAGUGAUGGACGAUCCUAUGAGGUUGAUAGGAACUGCCUGGUGCCCUAGGUUUGAUGAGUGCCCAGUGCUAGAACCACUGGUGUGCAAGAAGUUGGCGCAUGAGAGAUUGACUGAAUUAGUGUUUAGGGAAGACUGCUUUGUAACAGCGUGUCAAGAUGGAUACGUCUACACAUGGGCAAGGCCUGGUCACAUGUGACAGUCUUAUAAUUUUAUCGGAAGAUGCUUGUGCUUGUUUCUUAAGCUGGUGGGGCAUUAAUUUGUUACUUUGAUUGGAAAGAUUAAUGUUCUGUACCAUGCUUUGGCUGAUGCAAGAAAAUCAUGGAUGAUCGUUCCAGAGUUUAUAGCAUGCCGGGAAUAGGGCAGGUUGGAAAUGCUCUCCACGUUGUCAGUCCCGCAGAAAGUGGAGGUACCAUAGUAUAGCCAGAAGCAGAUAUUAACACAUCUUCAA